AUGGAUUUGGAAUUGACAUUAAAGGAUGCCUGCAAUGGCCUAAAAUCUAUACGAGCAACAGAACGUAAAAAAAGUGCCGAAAACCUAAAGGAAUUUUUGACAAGAAAUGCCGUGCCUUCGUUACUAAAUGAAAAUACUUUAAAAAAUAAAGGUUACACAUGGAAUAAUGUUUUUGAUGAUAUUAAUGAAUAUAUUUUAAAGGAAACUGAGAAAUAUGAGACAUCUAAAACGUAUGACGCUAUCACAGGGCCUUUGUGUUCCAGCCUACUACAUCUGUGUGUCACAGGAGCUAAUAAAGGAAAAGCAUAUCUAAAAUGUGAAAAAAUAACAGAAAUAUGUCUCUAUGUAUUAAAUGAUAAUCGCUUGUCAAAAGUUAUUGGUGAUGCUUAUUUAAAUUUGUUAUUCAAAUACAUUCUCCCAUGUGAAUACUACUUGGAUUACAUGACACCAAAAAUUUGGAAGGAUAUGUGGAAUGUUUGUGUGGCUUCGUGUGUUACAAAUAAUUAUAAGUUAGAUCACUUUACAAAACUUAGAUUGGUUCUUCUUGUUUUGAAAAGUGCAAAAGAGAAUUCUCAAUUUGUACGGCCAGUUAUUGAUUCUUUGCCAUUGUUAGAAAAAUACUUAUUAAAGAUUUCCAAUGACAAAAAACUGCAAGAUGUUAUUACAGAAGUCAUGAUAUUGCUUUUGGAAAUGUUGUCUUCGGAGUACAGGCUAACCAUAUGUCACUUUCUUGAAAUUAUGUUAUCAUCAGUAUUAAAAUUUUAUGAUGCAAAUAAAGACCAAAAGAAAAAGGUGAUGCUGUUCAAGCUGCUACAUCACACCAUAGCCCUUCAUCAUCCACAAGGUAGACGCCAACAUGAAGAAGGAAGUUUGGCGAAUAACUGGGAACAGUGGAACAGAUCGUUGAACAGUAUUACUGAGUUGAUCUGUCUAGAAGUGUUUUGGCUUUAUGAGCACAACGACAAUGAAGAUGAAAGUGCUUCAAAGAGACUUAGACUGAAUUUCAACAAAAACAAACAUUUUAGUGACUUAAUAAUGGAAUUGCAGCAGAAUCUAAUACCAUGGAUGGCAAUCGUCAAUUCGUACGUUAAAAAUUAUUACAGCAGCCUAUCUACUACAGAUUUUUCACUGUUACUGAACUGUCUCCACACAAUAUUGACCAACAACAAUGGUAAUUUAGAUUGGGAUAUCUUUGAAGAAUUAACAUGUAUGGCGUUACAAAACUUAUAUAGUUUGAUGUAUAAAAAUGAAGACAAUGAUAACACAUUGAUAUCAUUGUGGAACUCCUGCAUCAGAAAUUGUACUUCAGUCAUUGCAUCGCAUAAACCUAUGCAUACCAUUCUUCAAAAGUUAUUAGAAACAGAUACGGUUAAAUACCCUCAAGUACAACAACUAGUUAAGUUAUACCUUGAAAGUGAUAUACCUCUUACUACACAUACCGUCAAGAGUUUGAGCACGGUAUUUCAACACUGGUACAGUAAAGUAGGAUCUGAAGAUUGUCGAGCUAAAUGCCUUUUGUGGCUGACUGCGUGUGAUAUUUCAUCUGUUUGUAUUAAAAACGUAGCAGAAAUAAUAUUUAGACUACUUGCUAAUGAAAAUGUAAAUAUCAUAGCGUGUGGUAAUGUUGAUUCUGAGUAUAAAAACCUACGAGAAAUAUUAUUUGAUUCCAACGAAAAGUGUAUUUUAUUUACUGAGUUCGAAAUAGACAACUCAAUUACACUGAAAAAAACAGAAAAACGUAACGGUCGAAUUGAAACCGUCGAAGUUAUUGAAAAUCAAAUAAAAGAAUAUUUCAAAACAGUUCUAAUGGAAGCUAUUUUGAAGCUCCGUCAAAAAGAAGCAAAUUUAUUAAACACUAUUAAAUUAAUCAAUCUCGUCAUUUCAUACUUAGAUAUUCUUUUAGUACAUAACAUUAACUCUCAAGAUGAAGUAAAAUCUAUGGAAGUGUUUGGUCUUUUAAAAACGAUAUUAUCAUGCAUGUACUCCGCAUUGAAUACUAUGCUGCAAAGUAAUACACAUAUCCCCGUUAAGCUUAACGCACUUCAACUGGUAAAAGAACUAUUGAUUACUGAAUUCCAUUACCUGCUUACGAGUGUGCUAAGAUCUAGCAUCGAUGGAGAUUUAUUUCAUACUAUUAAUAAUGUAUUAAAUACGGAAGUCGAAACUAGUGAUGGUAAUGUUUCUGUGGAUGAAGAUGAGGAUGAAAUGAAUUUUAAUAGUUUGAAACAUAAUUGUUUCUUUGUCCUUGCCGCGUAUUGCAGAAAAGAAGCAGAAUAUCGAGACGAACUUGUGAAAUUGAUAUUAGAUGACGGCAUGUAUAAUUUUGAUACUGAUUUGCAAUGUAUAUUUCAAACCAUAGACAUAUUAACAGAAGCAAAUGUAAAAGUUCCACCUUUAGGUUUAGUAUUAACAUUGUUGCAAACUUUGUGUCGCAAAUUGUAUAGAAAUUCAAAGGCGUCUUAUGGAAUACUUAAAAUAUUAGUAAACAAUAUUGACAAGUUGUGUUUGCAUGACAAUAUAAGAAAGAAUAAUUGUUUUAUAAUGAUAAAGAGUUACUUGCAACUGUGUGCAGAUAUGUAUUAUCCGCCCAAGGUAGCUGCUCUCGUUUAUGAGUGUGCAGCUAAACUCCUUGUAUUAAAUCAGAAACAAGAUGAAGCUAUUGACAGAGCUUUUCAAAGUGCUUUCAUAACUAAAAUCAAAGGAGAGAUAUUAGAUGACGAGAACCAACUAGUACUAAAAGACGAGUCGGCUAACAGGACAUUCACAGUGCUUCAUUGCUACUUUGCACUGGCACAGGCCCACCCGUCAGAUAUUCAAAGUAUAAUACUUGAAGUUAUGAACUUACAAAAAGCUAAAUGUUUAGACAAAAAAACAGUUUUCAAAGUCUUGAAUCGAAUUGCAAAAACUGCAGGCAUUGAAGAUCUUACAUCUUAUUUAAAUUAUCACAUUCUCUCAAUAAUACAUUACUGGUUUUCCAAACAUAACACUGUGAAUGAUUUACCGAUAACUCUGUUUGGUUAUGAUGAUAUGGAUUCAUUCUUAGAGAACCAUAAGGGGUGGCUUAUUGCAGGUCAGAUACUGUGGUUCAAGGAGGGAAAUGUGGUCCAAAGCGACAUAUUAAAAUAUGUCGCUGAAUCACAAACACUGCCUGUUCAAAAUGUACUUGAAACUUGUUUUCCAAAUGUUAUCGCAUUGUGUUUGCCAUACAUUGUAAGCGAAAAGUAUGGUGUAGAAUACUAUCCAUUGAAUAAACGAAACGAUUUUAAAAGGGCUCUGAAAAAUGCGGAUCGUAUGUUUAUAGAGACACAUGAAAUUUUAAAAAAUGAUAGAUGGAACAACUUGUUUGUGGAGAAUAUCGGGGAUUUACUUAUGCUAGCAGCGUCUCAUGUGAGGGACUACGAUAAUACUGAAGAAGAGUUUGGUAUAAAGUUAAGGCCACAGCGACAAUAUUACUAUUAUCCGAAAAGCAUUUUCUCAGCUAUACUUCAAUAUUUUGAAAGCAUUACAGAUGAAAGCAUCGUUCAUUACCUUUGUAAAAACCAAACUAUAACAAUAUUGAAAAUAUUAUUUAAAUUAUGGAAAGAUGUUAUGCAAGAAAAAAUAUUUGAAUAUAAGGCUCUUGCCAUGCAUGCAUUUGUUACAUUUUUAAAAAACUUUCCUGUGGGCUUACCCUCUGACGCUUUUGUAUGUAACUACGCUUGUAACAGUUUCACACAGGCUAUCAAACAUUGUAAUGAGACUAAUCUGAUGAAAGUCCUGGUCAAAGGAUUGAGGAUCGUCCUCGAUUACUUCUUACCCCAUACAGCACCGUUAAUGAAAAAAACACUACUGGAGCUGUUACCAGUGCUGGUAAUUAAAAGAGAAAAGGGCUUUGAACAAGAGUGCGCCUCACUUUUAAAUUAUUUACUUAAUGAUAUGAAGGAUUUGUUAACAGGAAGCAAUGAUGUAGUCGAUUUUCUUAAUUCCAUGUCCCAAGGCAUUGUAGACAAUAGCGUUUGCGCCACUAUGACAAUGUUCAAAGAGAAGUUAAGAGCUCAUAAAAUCAGUUUGAGCCGCCCAAGUCACAAGACACUGCUAAAGUUGCGUCAAUUUUUAACCUGUAAUAAUGACAAUACACUUAUGUUGUACCGUGAAUUAGAAUCCAAAAGAUUUUCUGAAGAUUGUGAGACUAGUUUAGUUCAUCAAAUUAUCUACGAACUUUGUAAUAUUCUGAAGUCGCCGAAUGAUGAAAAGACUAUUAUUGAAGCCUGUAAUUGUUUAUCGGAGAUCAGUUCAUAUGACUUGAAAACCCUCGUCACAGUAUCACCAAUUAAUACUGAUGGUAUAAAAAAUGUAAAUCCAAAGGCAUACUUUAUUCAAGUUACUGUGAAAGCACUUCUAGGAGUUAUCUUUGAUGAGGAUCCUAAUGUCACCAACGAAGUGUCAGCAGCUUUGAUCAAGUUACUUCAGUGCUUUGACAUUAAUGACGUCACGGAGAUAGAAGAUGUUGACAAAGAAAUAUUGAAACCACUGUCGUCUACUAGUACAAUAACAAACGACACGCACGUUGAUGGCCUGAAGUUUGAACAAUAUUACACAAUAUUUCCAGAUGGAAUUUUUUUAAACGCGCUCCUCAGCAAAAAUAAAGAUGAUUGGUUGAGGGAAGUCACUUGUACCCUAUUGGAAUUCGUCAAUUCAUCGACUGAUUUUGUUAAUAGUUUACGAGAAGUUUGCAUCUUGAAGUCACAUGUUUGCCAUAAAAUACUACCCGCCUUACUAGGUUUAUUACUGGAAUGUUUGAGUGACAAACGCGUUCAGGCUGUGGGAAAACAUAUAAACAAAUUAUUUAACUAUAUUUACGAACAAACAUUUGAUAAUAAACUAGAAAGUAGUGGUAAUAGUAUUAUUACGUCUACUGCACCAGACGCGCUACCAGAUGGGCAUAAAGUCAUCAGUCAGUACAUGCUGGACAUCGUAGAUUUUGUUCGAAUGCAAAGAAGCUUUUGGUCAGUGCGGCCUGGAUGUCCGAAGAAAAGAUUAAAUUUUUUAGAACUCGAAUAUGAUAAAGUGGCGUGGGCAGCGGCAUAUAUCGACCAGAACUGGGCAGCUAUUUACUAUGGAGAGCUUUGGGGCGUGUUCCAGAACAGUGGUGUUUCGCCAUGCUCACCAGAAGCAACUACCAAUUUACCAGGUGGAGAAAUACUCCAAAUAAUCCUUAGGAAAUGCUACGUGUCUAUUGGAGAAAUGGAUGCCGUAGAGGGCUGUGGUACUGCACAUUUAACUAUAGAGAAUGAAAAACAUAAGCACCUCAUAAAUACUGGCCAAUACUCGGAUGCAUUAUUGCUGCAUGAUAUCGCACUGUCUUACGGGACCCAAUCAGAAUGCGACCUCCAGUAUGGUGUAGUACGAUCAUUGCACAAAUCUGGUAUGCACAAUCUCGCAUUAAGGUACAUCAAAUCCUUACCAGAAAGCGAUAACUUAAAUGACGUCAAAUAUGAAUGCUUGUCAUUCCUUGGCGAUUGGAGUGAUUUUGUAGACACUAAAGAAUUAGCCGAAAAGCAUAAAUUAAAAGGAUACAACCCACACUCGGUUCUUAAAGCAUUCCAAUAUGCGUGCCUCAAAAACUGUUUACAUAUUCAAACAACGCCUGAAUUUGAAGAUAAAUUAAUGAUACCUCUAAAUAAUGCAAAACUAACUGUGUCUAGAUUAUGUCACAAUUUAAAUUUGGAAAACUGUGAAAAUAUAUACAAGAUUUUAGAGAAGCUUCAUACGUUUAGAGACAUUGAAGAUUACUAUGAAGUGCGAAGAAAUCGUCUGAAUUUACUAGAUCUGCUUAAGCGGUGGGAUGUUGAAAACGUACCACAAUUUCACGAUUUCAAGCAUAUAGAAGCAUUGGCGUCUCAGCGAGUUUUGAUACUGGAACACGCUGCAAAAUCACAUACAUGUUCCAUGAACGAAAUAGUUUCGUUGCAAGUUAAAUAUGCAAAAAUAGCCUUAAAUAAUAACAGAGUUCAAAUGGCGCAACGUUUGUUAGCCAUAGCUUCAAAGUCACAAAUGAAUAAUGAUAUUGCUCUAGUCGAGAGUGAAGUAUCGUGGGCUAAAGGCCAUAAGGAAUUAGCCUUGUCUCUUCUACGUAAUAUUGUGAACAAUCAACCGUUGGAUACAAAAUUGGCGGCUAUAUCGUUACGGCGGUACGCAUUGUGGAUGGCUGAUUCAAAGCACGAUACGCCAAGAGACAUUGUAAAUAAAUACUUGCAAAAAAGCUUACAAGUUUUAAGGCAAGAGGACGUCGAUGUAAGGCUGUCGGUAUAUCGCGAUAUAGCGAAAUUUGCAGAUGCUGAAUAUAAGCAGGUGGUGUCUUACAUGAACUCGUCAAUAUUUGAGAACAGAGUUAAAUGCGUUGAGAAUAUGAAGGGUACAGAAACAUCUCUCAGUAAGAGAAUUACAAAGUCGUUAUCAAAAGAAGAGGGUAGAGCAUUAUCUACUAAUAGACGAUUCAAAGAAUUAGAUGAAGCUGAAAUUGCCAACACACGAGCUGAAAGAGAAAACUUUUUACAAUUAGCUAUGAGAUAUUACUUAUUAUCUCUAAAGGAAUGUAACGAGAGUAAUUUGUCAGUGUUUAGAGUAAUAUCAUUAUGGCUUUCCAACCGGGACUUUGAGUUUCAAGGAGAUGACAGCGACACAUUUGAAGAUUUAUUGCACGCAAUACCGUCGUGGAAAUUCGUUACUAUAUUGCCUCAAUUGGCCCCUCGCGUAACCAAUGAAGAUACAGCGUUCAUUCGAAAUUUGAAAAUACUUCUGAAACGUUGUGCCGUAGAUCAUCCCCACCACACGCUGCCUAUUCUGUUUCUUCUGAAGAACUCUGACAAGGACAGCGUAAUACUUAAUGCAAGUGGUUCGAUCGGUAGUGCAAACCGAGCGCGAGAACAAGAGACACGAACAUUGGCGGCGCAGGCGCUUGUUGCUCAACUUCGUCACCAUAAUAAUGAUCUUACUAUUAUUAUAGACCAGAUGGAAAAAAUGUGUGACGCAAUGAUAAGUUUCGCUAACCACGUGCCUACGUCGCGUUCAAAGAAACAAAAGAUACCAGACGCGGAAAACAUACACAAGCUGCGAAACUUGAGUGCUAUCCCCGUCCCCACUGUCACGUUGCCUGUCAAACACGACUGCACAUACUCACACAUACAAACGUUACACUCGUUUGAGACGUACUACGAAUUAGUAGGCGGUAUGAACUGCCCAAAGAAAAUCAAUUGCUUGGAAUCUUCAGGGAAGAAACAUAUUUUGUUGAUAAAGGGUGGGGAUGAUAUGAAACAAGACGCAGUUAUGCAACAGGUUUUUAACAUUGUUAAUACACUUUUGGAAAAAGAUCCUGUAACAAAUAGAAAUAAACUUUUGAUUAGAACUUAUAAGGUAGUGCCAUUGUCGCGUUUGUCAGGCGUGUUGGAGUGGUGCGAAGGUACCGAACCAAUUGGAAUGUACCUAGCGGGGACUGAAAAUAGAGGUGCUCACGCCCGGUAUCGUCCCCAGGAUAUGUCUUGUGAGGCCGCUCGCAAGAAGAUGAUUGAAAGUUGUAAUGAAAAUACUUCUCAAAAGUUGGCAAUUUUCAAAAGAAUAAUGAAAGAAUUUAAACCAGUGUUUCAUUACUACUUCACUGAACAUUAUCUAGAUCCUGUCACGUGGUACGAGAGAAGAUUGGCCUAUACCAAAAGUGUUGCAACAUCGUCGAUGGUGGGUUAUAUCCUAGGCCUUGGUGACAGACAUGUGUACAACAUUUUAAUUGAUCAAAGGACUGCUGAAGUAAUUCAUAUAGAUUUAGGUAUUGCAUUUGAUCAAGGGAAAACAUUGCGUACUCCAGAAACUGUGCCGUUCCGUUUAACUCGGGACAUCAUUGCUGGCUUCGGCUGUAGCGGUAUUGAAGGAAUAUUUAGACGAUGCUGUGAAAAAACAAUGCAACUGCUUCGCGAUAACCAAGAGACACUCCUAACAAUAUUAGAAGUGUUGUUGUGUGAUCCGCUGUAUUCUUGGUCUGUAAAAACCGCACAACAAAAUGCUCCCGCAACAAGCAUGCAUAAUAAGGAUCUCUGCACGACGGGUCCUCCGAGUGGGCUUGCAAAACGCGCAUUGCUUGUAGUGACAAGCAAGUUGAGUGGUACGGAGGACGGUGUGGCGGGCGGAGUGGCGGUGGCCGGCCAAGUCGCUCGCCUCUUGCGCGCCGCCACUGAUCCCUUUAACCUCUGCCGCCUGUUCCAUGGCUGGCAACCAUACCUGUGA